GAGCCCAUAGAGAAGAGACGGAUCGCGAGCGACGAGCACAACAUCUCGCAGAGCCGCUCCCAACACCAACAGCGUGUGACUCACUUUAUUAACAUACGGUGUGACGUCACCGAUCUGCUUUCAAAGGGAAUUCCUUAUCGGGUGCUUGGAGGAAUGAGCUGUCGCUCGCGAAUCCCGGCCCGCACGGCGCGAAGGUGAAGUGACGGGGUAAGUCAGGUGUGCACAGGUGCAGCGGCGUAAAGAUAACAAACACAACGUGAGUGUUGCGCCAACUGGGAUUCGCUAGUCCUUCGAUGUUGUGUUCCUGAGCGAGCCGAACAAAUUUCGAGAAUCAAGAACUUUGCUGUGACAAAAUGGUUUACCAUUGGCAAACACAAAAUGUCAAACUCUCCGGAGUUGAUGACAUGGUUUUGCUUCCUAAAAUUUCCGAGGAUGCCAUUGUUGACAACCUCAAGAAAAGAUAUAUGGACGACUACAUUUUCACAUGUAUCGGCCCAGUACUGGUGUCAGUCAAUCCUUUUAAGCAGAUGCCCUAUUUUGGGGAGAAGGAAAUCCAACUUUACCAAGGCGCAGCUCCGUAUGAAAACCCGCCACAUGUCUACGCCGUGGCUGAUGAAAUGUACAGGAACAUGAUGAUUGACAAUGAAAGCCAGUGUGUCAUCAUUAGUGGAGAAUCUGGUGCUGGGAAGACGGUGGCUGCUAAGUACAUCAUGUCGUACAUCUCGAGGGUGUCUGGCGGUGGCACCCGUGUGCAGCAUAUCAAAGAUGUGAUUCUCGAGUCAAAUCCUCUGCUUGAAGCUUUCGGGAAUGCCAAAACCGUGAGAAACAACAACUCCAGCAGAUUUGGAAAAUACGUGGAAAUUCAGUUUGGCAGUGGAGGUCAGCCUGAGGGAGGAAAAGUUUCCAAUUUUCUUCUAGAGAAAUCGAGGGUUGUUUCCCAGAACAAGGGAGAGAGGAAUUUCCACAUCUUUUACCAAAUUUGCACUGGGGCCACUGCUGAAAUGAAGCAAAACCUUGGCAUUGCUGAAUUGGACUACUACAAAUACUUGUGCUUUGGAGGGAACAACCACAGAGUUGACGGGACAAAUGACGCUCAUGAUUUCCAGGAGACGCUGCAAGCCAUGAGCGUGAUGAGAAUUUCCAAAACGGACCAGGACAACAUCCUCAAGUUGACAGCUGGAGUUUUGCAUCUUGGCAAUGUUUCGUUCAAGGAGAGCGGCAACAAUGCUGUUGUGGAAAAUCAAGAGGCAUUGCAGUUUCCUGCCUACCUCUUCGACAUUGACAUUGCUCAACUGAACGCCAAACUUACCAGCAGACUAUUUGACAGCAAGUGGGGAGGCAAGUCAGACAAAAUAGACGUAAAUUUGAACAAAGAGCAAGCUCUGUACGCACGAAAUGCCCUUGCUAAAGGAAUCUACACUCGUAUUUUUGAUUACCUGGUCCAGAGCGUCAAUAAUGCAAUGGUUACAAAUAUCGUCAGCAACAACACUGGAAUUUUGGACAUCUAUGGUUUUGAGAUCUUCGAGUCUAACGGAUUCGAGCAGUUCUGCAUCAAUUUUGUGAAUGAGAAGCUGCAGCAGAUUUUCAUCGAGCUCACCCUCAAGGCUGAGCAGGAAGAGUACGUGCAGGAGAACAUAAAGUGGACCAACAUCGACUACUUCAACAACAAAGUGGUGUGCGAGCUGAUCGAAGGCAAGCGGCCUCCCGGCAUUUUCUGCGUGCUGGACGACGUUUGUGCCACGAUGCACGCCGUGUCCGACGGCGUAGAUCAGGAUUUGCAAAUGAAACUGAACACGGCCAACGGCACGCAUCAGCACUACCAGAACUGGAAAGAGGGCUUCACGGUGCAUCAUUACGCUGGAAUCGUCAAUUACAACGUUCGCGGCUUCUGCGACAGGAACAGGGACGUCCUAUUCCCAGAUCUCAUCGAGCUCAUGCAGAGCAGUGAAAAUCCGUUUGUGCGAAGCCUCUUUCCAGAACAGUUAGUAUCGGGCUCCAAGUCACGUCCUACGACUGCUGGGAAUAAAAUUAAAUCGCAAGCCAACAGGCUGGUUGAGGAGCUUAUGAAAUGCACGCCUCAUUACAUCAGAUGCAUCAAGCCAAAUGAGACGAAAAAACCAAAAGACUGGGAAGAGCUACGCGUGAAGCAUCAGGUCGAAUAUUUGGGCCUGAAGGAAAAUAUCAGGGUGCGGCGUGCAGGGUAUGCUUACAGACGUCCCUUCCAGAAGUUCCUAUCUAGAUAUGCCAUUGUUACGCAAGAGACCUGGCCAAAUUGGAGAGGAGAUCCCAAACAAGGAAUAGAGCUUAUCAUGAAACGGGUCAACAUGGACAAAGCGCAGUACCAGCUGGGCAAGACCAAAAUUUUCAUCAAAGCUCCAGAAUCGCUUUUCCUCCUGGAAGAACUCAGAGAGCGAAAAUUCAACGUUUACGCGCGCGUCAUUCAGAAGGCGUUCAAAAAAUAUUUUGCUGAGAAGCAGGUCCAGAAGCAAAAGGAAGAGGCUUGCAGAGUGGUCUUCGAAAAGAAACAGAGGCGCAGGUUCUCCAUCAACAGAGGCUUUGUUGGCGACUACAUCGGUGUGGAAAACCAGCCUGCCCUGCUGGCUCUAAUUGGAAAGCGAGAGAAGGUUGCGUAUGCAGAACAUGUGCUGAAAUAUGACCGAACUUUUAAGUCGGCCAGGCGCGAUCUCAUUUUGACUUCUAAUGCACUCUUUCUGAUCGGCCGGGAAAAAGUGAAGAAGGGUCCUGAAAAGGGAAAGUUUAAGGAGGUCGUGAAAAGAAAGCUGGAAAUCGAAAACAUCGGUGACAUAACGCUCAGCAAGUUGCAAGACGAUUUUGUCAUCAUUCACAUGAAGCAAGAUUACGACUCAUUCUUGGAGCUAAUUUUCAAAACCGAGUUCUUGACCGUGAUAAGCAAAAUAUUCAAAGAAAAGACUGGCCACGAACUGCCUCUCAGAUUCAUUAACAGUGCUGAGUUUAAGGUGAAGAAAGAUGGCUGGGGUGGUGGUGGCAUCCGACAAGUCAAAUUUGAAUUAGGUGUCGGAGAAAAGGCUACCUUGAAGCCGUCUGGAAAAGUGCUCAGCAUCAGUAUUGGUCCGGGACUUCCAGAGAACACAAAGCCAAAAACGAUCAGCUCUGUGCGCCGAAAGAACAAUAACAACAACAGGAACAACAGCAGGCCAAAAAUGGGCACAAGGAAGCUGGAAGAAAUCCAGAGCAGACCUUUGCCUGCGCCUGCUGGAGCCCCAGCUGUACCAAAACAGUACGGCUCCCUGAGAAACGCGCCGCCUCCGCCAAGCGAGCCAGCACCUCCCAACCAACCAGUGGUCAGGCCCCCAAUGGGCUCUUACGCUAAAAUGGCCGGCACUGUCAAAGGAAACGAUCCUUCUAAGAGGCCAACAUUCCCCGCUCCCAGUCAAGGAGCUGGUUCCGCAAAUGCUUUCAAACCUCCAGGGCCCCCAAGUUUCGUGAAUCAGGGAGCCACUUUGAGAAAGACGUCGACAGAGAAAGCGCCCCAAAAUCAGUCAUUUAUGAAUACCCCAGACUCGGGAGUUUCAGGGGCAAAACGCUCAAGUAAACCUGUUCCGGGAGGAGGGAAGCCAAGACCAGUGAUGAAACCAAAGCCAGCUCUACCAAAAUGCAAGGCGCUUUUUGACUACCAAGCUCAGGAUUUAGACGAACUGGAGCUUAAAGAAGGCGAUGUCAUAGAAAUUUUGAAAGAAGAUCAAGGCGGAUGGUGGUACGGGUCACUAAAGGGCAAGAAAGGAUUGUUCCCCGCCAACUACGUGGAAAAGGUGUGAUUGGCAAUGGAAAUAUUGCCAGAAAUUUUGAUGAUUUUGUGUUGUGGAGAAAGCACUGAACAAUUACAGGGUAUUUUAAUAUCCUUACUAGUGAGAACAGUUAAAACUUAUCAUUCCACCAAAAUUUUCAACAAGUUUUGGACCGUCAUUUGUUAAAGAAUCCUGUGAAAUUUCUACAAGGACUAGCUCAACUGAAAGAGGAAAAUGUGUUAUGCUUGAUUUUGAGAAGGGAACUAUUGAAUUUUGAUCAAAUGGUGAAUAUAUUGAAUAUGCCCAGGUUAUUAAACAAAGGACAUCUUGGUUCCAUAGCAUUUAACCUUCAAAAAGUUAAUUAUUUAUUGCUGCACCUCAAGUUUUUUUUUUUACUAAUAUUAAGUGAACCCUUUUUAUUUUUUACACGUUACCACAAAGUUUCAAUAAAUGUAUAAGAUGUAAACUUAUUGUAACACCCGUAACACCAAAGCUAAACUACUUAUUGUGUCAGUCGUCCCAUUUAGUGUUGAGCGUCACAUUGUAAUUAU